CUAGAGGUCAAAGUACUUUAGAGUAUUCCUAGUCGCUUUGAAAAUUGAAACGAGAAACGAUGGGGAAGAUCACUGUGUUUUCACUGGACACUUGUCCGUUUUGUAAGAAGGCAAAAGAGCUAUUGGCAAGCAAGGGAGUGAGUUUUGAUGUCAUCUCUCUAACUCAGCAGCCUGAAUGGAGGCCUUUGAUGUAUUUGCUUACCAAAGGUCGCACAAGCGUGCCUGAGGUGUUCUUCAACUCUGAGCUGAUUGGUGGGUUGGAUGAUCUGGCAGCCCUCGAGGACUCGGGGAGACUGGACGGGUUGAUCAAGGCGUGUCUGGAGGGACCUCCUGUCUCGCCAGACUUCCCUCCGCAGCUUAGGAAACCAGCCACCGAGGAAUUCUUACAGAUAAUUCCUGCUGAGUUGAGAGAGAAGUGGCAAUCGGACCUGGAGGGCUUGGACAAGAGGCUGGGGGGCACCAGCGACCAUCCCAUCUCCAGUCUAUUGGUUAUGCUGGAGACUCCCAAAGAGAUGGUGGUCGUGUGCAGCGCUGGUCCUGGUAGAGAGAUCUACAAGGUGGGUGCCGGAGGGGAGAAAGGUCGCGAGGGAGGAGAGGAGAAGCUGUACUGUCAGGUUGCCAUAGAGGAAAAAGUUACACUGUUUCUGGAUGGCCCUGACAAGUUUCCGACUGGUCUAAAAGACAAUGACGACUAUAAGAACUUUGGGUAUGGCUACUACCUGGGAGCACCAUGGAUUGUCGGCCAGGUCAAAGGUACUGUGGUUGCUAUGGAGACACGGCCCGGCAUUCUAAAAGAGAGUCAGAUAUCCCUUAUCGAGGAACUUCGAGACAAAAUUCAGAGCGAUUUUAGCAAUUAACUACAUAAUGACAAGACAGUGAAUUUUAGUAGAGUAUUAUAGUUUAUUGCAUCAUUUUUUUGCGAAUACAAA